AUGUCGACAACAACUGGCGCAUUUAUUGCCGGCGGCAUUGCAGCUUGUGGCGCUGUAACUGCUACACAUCCGUUCGAGACAGUCAAGAUCAGAUUACAAUUACAAGGAGAAUUGCAAGCCAAAGAUGUCACGGUCAAGAAGUACAGAGGUGUCUUCCACGGCGUCGGAGUCAUCGUGAAGAAUGAAGGCCCUCGUGGAAUAUAUCGGGGAAUUGGAUGCGCAUAUGUUUAUCAGAUUCUUUUGAAUGGCUGCCGAUUAGGAUUCUAUGAGCCGUUGAGGGCUGCCGGCUCAAAACUUAUCUUCCACGACACCAAUGUCCAGUCUCUAGGGGUCAACAUCUUCUCGGGGGCCGCCUCAGGUGUGCUCGGUGCGAUGGCGGGAUCCCCUUUCUUCUUGGUCAAAACUCGACUACAAUCCUAUUCCCCCUUUUUGCCAGUCGGUACACAGCACAAAUAUCGCAAUGCUAUCGACGGCUUAUCUCAAAUCUACAAGGCGGAAGGAAUAAGGGGUCUAUAUCGUGGCAUGGGUGCCUCUAUGGUCCGGACAGGUGCUGGAAGUUCUGUUCAAUUGCCGACAUAUUUCUUUGCCAAAAGAAGGCUGAUACGUCAUUUCGGUAUGGAAGAUGGACCAGCGUUGCAUCUUCUCAGUUCGACCGCUAGUGGUUUCGUCGUUUGUUGCUUCAUGCAUCCUCCCGACACCGUGAUGGCUAGGUUAUAUAAUCAACACGGAAACUUGUACAACGGUAUCUUUGAUUGCUUGUGGAAGACGGUGUCAACGGAGGGCGUCCUCAGCGUCUACAAGGGAUUUACCGCCCAUCUUGCCCGUAUUCUACCUCACACCAUCCUCACCUUAACGCUUGCGGAACAGACGAACAAACUGGUGAGAGAAAUUGAGAACAGAAUAUUGCCGAAGUCGCUCAAGGAAAAGUUGUAA